CCCGGCGAUUGGGUAGUGAUCUUAGGGUCUGGCGGGGGCCUCGGUCAUAUUGGCGUGCAAAUCACGGCCAGGGUUAAGAAAGUCCGGACAGGCGACGCUAAAAGGAAUCUCAGUCUGGAGUCCGGGGCUGAAGUUUUUGUCGACUUUAAGACGGAAGACGUCGCAGCGCGAGUGCUCGAGUUGGCCGGAGAGGGCGCGCAUGCGACAGUCGUUGUCCCCAGUACCAAGGAGGCAUUCAAGGUUGCCCCGACGCUGGUCAGGAAUAUGGGCCAGAUUAUCUGGGUAGAUCUUCCGCCGAACGAUAUGGAGCUUCCCAUUUCUGCGACGCUGUGUGCUGGCCGAGCUCUUUCCAUCAAAGGCUCUUCAGUUGGUAGAGAAGAGCAGAUGGCGGAGUUGUUGCAACUUGCCCUCCACGGAGUGAUCACCCCGGCCAUUGAGGUGUUCGAUUUUGAGGAAACCCCCAAUCUUAUCAAUAAAAUCAAGGACGAUACAAUCGUUGGAUGA